AUGUCAGCAGCCACGGUUUCAGAAUUCAGUAAGUUUAAGAGGGUCAAGACGGAAAUCGGAGAAUCUUACUCUUCUGGAAAACGAUGUAUGAUUUGUAUGGAAAAUAAACCUACAAAUGAAAUGUUCGGAAACAUCUCUUAUUGCUCACAUUUUUUCUGCGUACUCUGUAUCAGCAAAUAUGUUGCUAACAAAAUACAAGAAAACAUUGGCGUUAUCAAGUGUCCUGAUAUUGCUUGUCAAGGCAUAAUUGAACCGCAAUUUUGGCGAGAAAUUGUUCCUAAGGAAGGGUUUGAUAGAUGGGAGAGUGAUUUGUGCGAAUCUCUAAUUUUGGGUUCACAGAAAAUUUAUUGUCCUUACAAAGAUUGUGCAGCUAUGUUGGUAGACGAUGGGAGUGAGAAUAUUGUAACAGAAUGUGAGUGUCCAAAUUGCCGUCGAUUGUUCCGUGCUCAAUGCAAUGUCUCGUGGCAUGUGGGAUACUACCACAAAGAAUUCCAUCGUUUAGGCAGAAACGAGAAGGGGAAGGAAUUAGAUGUGAUGCUGAUGGAGCUUGCUAAGAAUAAGAAAUGGCGGAGAUGUCCCAAGUGCAAAAUCUAUGUCGAAAAGCUCGACGGUUGUUUACGCAUAAAUUGCCGGUGUGGGCAUGAUUUUUGCUAUGGGUGUGGAUUAGACCACAGCUCUCGACAUGUUUGUCCCCGAAUUUAAAAAGACAUGCAUUUGGUCCAAGUGUUUCUACAUGCAUUAUGCUUAUGCUUUCGACGAGUACUGUCGGUCUGUACUUGAUCGUCAAGUAUUGAAC